AUGAAGGCUGUUGUUUGGGAAGGCAAGCCCUUCCAGAUGGUGGUCAAAUCUCAACCAAUGCCGAAAAUUGAGGAUCCGAACGAUGUUCUCAUCCGGAUCACGACCUCUGCAAUCUGCGGGUCUGACCUUCAUACAUACCGCGGACUCUUGGGCAGUCGGAAUCCGCCGUGGAUAAUGGGGCACGAAGGCGUUGGUAUUGUUGUGCAAGCCGGGCAAGGCGUUAAGUCAUUGAAGGCCGGGGAUCAUGUCACCGUGGGGUGUCUCAUCAGCUGCGGCUACUGCGACAACUGUCUCCGGGGUCGAUUGACUUAUUGUCUGACGUUCAAUCCCCAAACCCCUUUCGACAUCAUCGGAUAUGGGGACGAUUUUGGGCCUCAUCUCGAGGGCGCACAAGCCCAGUACAUCCGCAUUCCCUUCGCCGAUUCGACCUGUCUCAAACUUCCGCCAGGCACAGAGCAUGAGCUCGACUACAUCACGCUCUGUGACAUCUUUCCUACGGCGUGGCACGCGCUCGACUGCUCCGGCUUCCAGCCUGGAGACAGCGUAGCAGUGUUCGGCGCCGGUCCUGUCGGCCUCCUUUGCGCUUACUCGGCCGUCUUGAGAGGGGCAAGCAAAGUGUAUAUAGUAGACUAUAUCGAAGCCCGUCUCAAGAAAGCGCGUUCUAUUGGCGCUAUCCCUAUCAACUUCACCGAGGGUGAUCCGGUAUCCCAAAUCCUUGCCUACGAGCCCCGCGGCGUUCGCCGCAGCUGCGACUGCGUCGGCUUUGAGUGUCUCAACGCUGAGCUCGAGCCUCAGGAAGAUGUAAUCUUGAACCAUUGCGUCAAUGUUACGGAGCCUACAGGAGGCAUCGGCGUCAUUGGGGUUUACCUGCCGUCCACUGGUCCGACGCGCGGUGCUCCUCUCAGCACUGGCAAGGAAGGCAAAUUCACGGUCCCUGUUGGCCUCAUCUGGGCCAAAUCUCUGUCCAUCAACGGUGGCCCGGCCGAGGUACGCCGCUUACAGCCUCAGCUGCAGGACCUUAUUGAAAGCGGCAAGGCAAAACCGGGCUUUGUCAUCGAUGAAGUCUUUCACAGCCUUGACGAGGUUCCGGAUGCUUACAGGAAGUUCGCCGCCCGCCAGAUUACCAAACCGGUCAUUCGUCUACCGCAUCCUAACAGCGACCUGGAUCAGCAAAAUGGUCUAGUUAGCAACGGAGCCUGA